AUGGCGGCGAAGCCGGCGCGGGCUCCGCGCAUGCGCAAGGCGCUGAGGGGAAAGGCGGGCGGCGGGAAAACUCCAUGGCGGAGGCAGCGGCGGGAGCCGGCGGCUCCCCCGGCCCGGCCCCUGGUCCGUCCCCGCGGGGCUCGGCCGGGCCACGGGAGGACGAGCCCUGAGAGCGGAGGGGCAGCGCCAGAUCCGGACUCGGCAGCGGGCGCUGAGGCGUUUUUGAAAUCACCCGACACAAAACGAAGCCCGAGCUCCUCCAGCAGGAAGAAAAGAGCCCCGAGCAGCCCCGGGCCACCCAAUUCCUUCAGUUUGUCGCCCAUUGUCGCCACCCCUCAGCGCAAGCGCCGCUCCUGGCGCCGCUCCAGCCUCAAGGGGAGGCGAUCCCGCCGCAAAUCGCUGCCCCCCGUGCACCACGACAUCACCGAAUUGAGCAAAUCCAUCAGCCUGGAGCUUCCUGAAAUCCAACGUCUCUCCCUCCUCCUCCUCUCCAGCUUCCAGGUAAAUUCACCCAAAAUCCUGGAAUUUACCCAAAAUUCUGGAAUUUUUUUGGUCUUUCCAGGGGUGGAGCAGCUCCUAAAAAUCUUAAAUUAA